CUCCGAUCGUUCAUAUUUCCCGUGAAGUACGACGAUCUGACAAAGUCAACGAAGCCUAUAGCCAGGCAUUGGACGACCAUGGCCCGGUCGUCGUUGUCCCUCGACAUGGGCGUAACGAAUAUGUUAUCGACCACCGAUACGCCCACGAGAUUCUCACAGACUCCAAGAAUUUCACCUUCGAGAAGGCCGCGGUCGAAUUGCUCCAUUUGGGCUUUAUAGGAUCUUUGACAACGGCAACUUUGUUCACGACGUCAAUAGCCUAGUCGAAAACGGCGUGCAGCCGCGGAUGAACGCCAUCAUAGAGCAGGUCGUCCCUGUCUUCCAGGGUUAUUUUGACCAGAUGAGUAGCGAGUUACUAAACCCAUCCGACGACAAGACGCAAGUCGAAUUCACAGACAUCUUUGCUCGCAUCCAGCUAGCUGUGGCUCACGCCAUGGUAGUUAUGAUUAUGGGACCCGCACACGCGUCCUCAGUCACCAUAGGCCAUUUCGCUGCUGUGGCCGUCGCUAUGGCAAGCAUGACCGGCAUGCACGAGAACACGUAUGAGUGGGUUUGGGCGCCGUCGCUGUGGGUGUUGCUCAAUGGCCUCCGCGCCGUAUUCUUAACCAUAAUCCCCCGAUUCUUCAUCCGCAUCGUCCCUACGCUCUGGAGAACUCGGCAUCAGCACCUGGCGAGCGGCCUUGCUGCAAGCCACGGCGACUUCGUCCCGCUGUUCGACACCCUGCUGGUGAAGAACUACCACGGCAAGACCGGGUUCAGAGCGCUGGCUGGAUUUGGCUGGUGUGUCACUAUCUGCGUGGGCGUGAUCUUUGCCUCCGUCCAUCAGACCGUCGUUGCCGGCUUCUGGGUGCUGAUCAAGCUGGCGCAGAAACAGGGCGAGUACCUGCCGGCCAUCCGUGCGGAAUGGGAGUCUGUUGCCCCUGCGCAUGAGAUGAUGAGCGUGAAGAAGCUUAGCCAGCUCACUCUGCUGGACUCGUUCAUCCGCGAAGUCCUGCGGACUAAGGGAGACUCCUGGGGACCCGUCCGCAGACAACUAGGCCUGUACGUAUCGGACCGUACGUGCUUCCUAAGGACGCCAUGUGCAUUGUGCUCAUAUCACGAGCCCACUAGCACCCGGACAACUAUGGCUCAGUUGGCACCGUCUUUGACGGCUUCUAGUGGCAGAAGAAGAGGCGACCAGCCGUCCAGGGCAGUGCCGACUUCUUGACUUUCGGACUGGGACGAUGGGCGUGCCCCGGCCGUCAGCUAGCGAUUCACGAGAUCAAGAUCCUGCUCUACCUGUUCUUCUCCAAAUUCGACAUAACGCUCAAAGAAAACAGCUUCCGGGUGAAGAAUACGAUCAACACGACUUCGGUGGAGCCGGAAGCCUCCUUCAUGCUGAGGAAAAGACAGGAUGACAGUCGAGAAGUGCUGAUUUAGAGCUGCGACGGAGUGCGCGCGAGUAUGGACAGGCAGAAUGAGUGAAUCCAGCCCAAUAAGAAUCUCAGUUCAGUGAUCAAUGGUCUAGUACUGAUCUCUUACAGUAGGUGGACAAAAGUCUACGGGCAACUAAACUACCCUACAUUUUCAGGGUAAUUGAACUCAAUGAAAUCAAGAGCCAAUUGCCGGCAUAGUAGAAUUUUUUCUUCAACUUACUGGCAUAGUAGAGCAGGUUUUGGAAUUUACCGAC